GUGAUCUUGUAUGGGCGUGGGUCAAGCUAGAGAUCUUGUACCAUUUAGGACAAGGUCGAGGACAACGAGAGAAAAUACAGUAAAAUCCAGAGAUCCAGGCAUGGCUUUCAACUGUUUGAAGACAGAGGAAGAGAAAGAGGGAGAGAGGAGGAGCAGACAGAUCGACCGCCAGCUCAAAUCCCUCGACAAAGAGAAGGACUGGAAGAGAGAAAUGAAAGUUCUUCUACUGGGGGCAGGAGAGUCUGGUAAAAGCACCUUCCUCAAGCAGAUGCGUAUCAUACACGGCGAGGACUACUCGGACAGCGACAGGCUGGAAUUUCGUCCACUGAUAUAUCACAAUAUAUUGAAAGGGAUGAAGGUCCUGGUUGAGGCUUGCCGUAGGCUUCAGAUACCAUUCUCAGAGCCAGAUAAUGAUAGUAAAGGUGACAUAGUUUCCAGUGGCUAUCAGCACUCACAGGAGCUAAGCCCAGAGGAAUUUGCGCCUUACGUUGAGCCUCUCAAGUCUCUAUGGAAAGAUACUGGGAUUCAGACUACACUAGCACGAAGCAAUGAGUUUCAAUUGGGUGACUCUGUGCCUUAUUUUCUUUCUAAAUUAGAAGUCAUUGGAGCAGUGGACUAUCUACCAUCAAAGGACGACAUCCUAAACUCGAGGAAAGCAACAAGAGGCGUAGUUGAGUACACGACGGCUAUUCGAAACCAGCAGUUUAGGUUCGUGGACGUCGGGGGUCAGAGAUCGCAGCGGCAGAAGUGGUUCCAGUGUUUCGACGAAGUGACGGCCAUAUUGUUCAUCGUUGCAUCGAGCGCUUUUAACCAGACCCUACUGGAGGACAGGGUCACUAAUAGACUCAUCGAGAGUCUCAACAUAUUUGAGACUAUCGUCAAUAAUAGGUGCUUCAGAAACGUCGCCAUAAUGGUCUUUUUCAACAAGUCCGAUCUCUUGGAGACAAAGGUCCAGAACCCCAAAGUUGACAUUAGCAAGUACUUCCCGGAGUUCAACGGGGACCCGCAUAACCUAGACCACGUCAAGGGUUUCAUGGUAGGAAUGUUUGAUUCCGUUCGUAGAAACCAACGCCAGGAUUUCUAUCAUUAUUUCACGACUGCUGUCAACACUAGAAAUAUACACAUGGUCUUUGACAUAGUGAAGGAUAUCAUAUUGUCAGGACACAUUGGUCAAAUAUUGCAAAUUUAACUAAGAACUAAUAGUACAAAUGUUGACUUGUCAUACAAUUUUAUCCCUUGUUCUCUUCUCCUUUCUGUCUCACUCUCUCUCUCUUAGUCUUCACUUGAUCAUUAAUGUUGUCUUCUUUUUCUCCUCCUCUCUCUUGAUAAAAAAAACCCAGCAACUAGCACUGACCAUCUAGUACUGAUUUCGUAACUAUCAAUAUUAAUAUUAUUAUUAUUAUUAUUAUUAUGUGUGUUUUAUAAAGAAACUAAAUAAUAUUAUUGUUCUUGUUGUCAUUAUGUUGUCUUUGAUGUUUUUAAUAUAUAUAAAAUAAAUGAUGCAGUCACAAUUUCUAUUGCUAACUAAACCAUAA